AUGGCUAUUUCCAACGUUCACAUGCUUCAAUCUGCCAGAGGUUUCCAGAAGUGCAAUCUCUCCUUUUCCAGACAUGGCAAUCCUAGAUGUGGUUACAGGACCAAUCACUUAGCCUUUGCUUCUAUGCACACAUCUGACCCUAAGGUAGACUCAUUGUUGGAUAGUGUAAAAUGGGAUGAUAAAGGUUUGGCUGUGGCAAUAGCUCAGAAUGUUGACACAGGGGCCAUACUAAUGCAAGGCUUUGCAAAUAGAGAAGCUGUGGCCACAACCAUAUCUUCCCGCAAGGCCACAUUCUAUAGCCGGUCAAGAUCAUCAUUGUGGACCAAAGGAGAGACCUCUAAUAAUUUUAUCAAUGUCCUCGACGUCUUUCUUGAUUGUGACCGUGAUUCUAUAAUAUACCUUGGGAAACCUGAUGGGCCUACCUGCCACACAGGGGCAGAAACAUGCUACUAUACACCAGUCUUUGACUUGUUGAAAGAGGAAGAGACUGAAGGAAACAAAUUGGCAUUAACCUCUCUGUAUGCAUUAGAGUCAACAAUUUCCCAGCGUAAGGCAGAGUUAGUAGAAGAAGAAAAUGGAAAGCCUUCAUGGACAAAGCGAUUAUUGCUUAAUGAUAAGUUACUGUGCUCUAAAAUCAGAGAAGAAGCAAAUGAGUUGUGUCAAACACUAGAGAAUAAUGAGGACAAGUCACGCACUGCUUCAGAAAUGGCUGAUGUACUCUAUCAUGCAAUGGUUCUGUUGGCACUGAAAGAUGUUAAAGUAGAAGAUGUUUUGCAGGUUCUGCGCCAGAGAUUUUCCAAGUCUGGUAUUGAGGAAAAGAGAAGUCGCACAACCCAGAAAUCGGUGGAAAAUUGA